GUGAACUCAACAUGACGGACCGAUGUGAAGUGUUGGUAGUGGAUUCGGGUGGAUUUCUGCGGAAUGCGCCUCUCCGGGAUUUGGGCCAACGUGUGAUCACGCUCCGGGAAGUGGUGGCCGAGAUCAAAGACAAAGCCACCAAAGAGCGAUUGCAAGUCCUGCCCUAUGACUUGGAAUUUAAAGAGCCACUCUCCGAGGACAUCAAAAUAGUCACGGAUUUUUCCAAAAAGACCGGUGAUUAUGCCAGUCUGUCUGCCGUGGAUCUCAAAGUCUUGGCCUUGACCUAUCGCCUUGAGCGAGAACUCGUGGGUGUCAAACACAUCAAGACCGAACCCACCACCAAGCCCACUGUUCAGUUCUACCAUCCCAAGACCAACAAUCCCAAUUCGGACGCUAAACUCAUCGGCUUUUAUCGACCAGAGAAUGAAUCCGAAUCUGAGAACGAAUCCGAGGACGAUGAGAAAGAAGAAAGCGUAGUGGAACCAAUUGAAAAGGAAGAGUGUCCGAUAUAUGGUGAUUUCCUCUACUGGCGGGAUCCUCUUCCUUCACUACCUGAGCUGUCUCUUCCUUCAGCAGACUCUGUGAAUUUCUCGGCCUUGAAUGCGUACUUCUCUUCCCGAAGUUAUGUCUUUGGAUAUGAUAUGUCCCAUUGUGAUGUGGUUCUGCAGGACUUCUUGUCUAAUUAUGAAGUAUCAAAGGAGGCCUAUCCUCAUUUGUUCAGAUGGUUAAAACACGUCCAAGCCAUAGAAGCAACCUUUGAGCCUCUAGGUGUUCAAAUGAAGACAUUAAUGCCUGACCUUUUGCGGUUAAGCCAGAAUUCUGACCAAAUUGUGGCUGAAAAAGUCUCUGAGCUUUCAAUCAAAAACGAUACGAACGAAAAUUCUCUCAAGUCUCAAGAAACCCUAGACAAUGAAAACGGGAACGAAGUCGAAGCCGAUUCCGAAAGCCAAGAGGAAGACGACGAUGAGGAUGAGGGAUGGAUCACCCCAAGCAACAUCAAGGCCAAAACCAAGGCCAUGAAUGGCGCCCUUCCCGGAGGUGACCAAUUCGUGAAAGUUGCGUGCAUGACCACUGAUUUCGCCAUGCAAAAUGUGUUAAAGCAAAUGAAUCUGCACGUGCUAUCUGUGCAAGGCAUGUUGAUUCGCGAGACCAAAACCUGGAUUCUUCGGUGUUACUCCUGUUUCAAUACCACGCCUCUCAUGAACAAGCGCUUUUGUCCGAAGUGCGGGCAUAAAACCCUCAAACGUGUGUCGGUUACUUUGAAUGCGGAUGGAACGCAAGAGAUCCAUAUUUCGACACGCCGUCAGCUUACUGGGCGUGGCAAGAAGUUCUCCUUGCCUAAGCCCAUGGGUGGGAAACACGCCGUGAAUCCCAUCCUGACUGCGGACCAACAUUUGCCGCAACAGAGGAUGACCCGAGCGGCGAAGCAAAAGACCAAUGCCAUGGACCCGGAUUACAUCGCAGGUGAUUCUCCGUUCUCCUUGCAUGACGUGACCAGUCGAUCGGCAAUCAUUGGAGUUCCUGAUAAAGGCCACAUGGCCUCUUCUAUGUAUUGGAACAAAAGUAAUCCAAACGCGGUGGGAAAGAAUACGGGUAAUCGGAGGAAAAAAAGAGCUCUCUAAAAUCAACCCAUUAGAUAUCAUAUGUAUUACGAUAAUGCUUUUGAAUAUACCUUUCCUCAUCUGCGAGUA